CCCACUUAUUAAUUCGGCUCGACUCAACGAGUUAGCGUUUCGAUGGUACCAAGGCGGCGCCACAAACCAGGUCUUCGUCGGCUCUCCACCGCGGAGAAUCCUCAAAUCUCCGAGGAGGUGUUGUGAAACCCCAGUUAGGGUUUUCCUCUUUGGCGAGAAAGCACUAUGAGACCGCUCUUGGGUCUUCUCCUAGUCUUGCUCUUGCUUUCGGUAUCUCUGGUUGCAGUCAAAGGCGCCUCCGAUUCGAAGCCGGAGAGCGAGAAGAAAAAUAAGUUUCGGGAAAGACAGGCCAGCGAUGACAUGCUCGGUUAUCCAAACGUUGAUGAGGAUUCAUUGUUAAACACCAAGUGCCCACACAAUUUAGAGUUGAGAUGGCAGACAGAAGUGAGCUCCAGCAUUUAUGCCACUCCAUUGAUUGCUGACAUUAACAGUGAUGGAAAGCUUGAAGUAGUUGUGCCAUCUUUUGUUCAUUACUUGGAGGUGCUAGAGGGGUCUGAUGGAGAUAAGUUGCCAGGCUGGCCUGCAUUUCAUCAAUCCACGGUUCAUUCCAGUCCUCUUCUUUUUGAUAUUGAUAAGGAUGGUACAAGGGAGAUAGCUUUAGCAACUUACAAUGGAAUAAUUAACUUCUUCAGGGUCUCUGGUUAUUUGAUGAUGGAUAAGCUAGAGGUGCCUAGGAGAAAAGUUCGCAAAGACUGGUAUGUUGGUUUGAAUCCAGAUCCAGUGGAUCGUUCACAUCCAGAUGUUCAUGAUGACCAGCUUGUUAAAGAGGCUUCUGGUACUACUGGAAGCACAUCCAAAUUAAAUGCAAGUUCAUUGGCAACUGAGCGUACUGGCUCUUUGAAUGGAUCUAAAGAUGAAAAUGUGAAAAAACAGGAUUCUGUUCAAACAGCUUCUGCAGGUCAAAAAAUUGGGUUGCUUAAUAAUGAAGUUAAUGCAACAGUUCAUGAUGUUUCUCAGGAAAGAGUUCAGCGAGACAAUAAAACCCUGCAGUUUUCAUCAGAAAAUUUUGAGAAUGUAAAUACAAGUUCGCAUGAUGUGCCGUUGGGAAGUUCUAUGGGAGAUAAUUCAACAAAUACUCAGAGGAAACUUCUUGAAAAUGGCUCAAGUGCGAAUGAGCAGGGAAGUUCUGAAAUUCAUAACAUGGAUGAUACAGGGGUGCAUGAAGCUACGGUGGAAAAUGAUGGAAGCCUGGAAGGGGAUGCUGACCAAUCUUUUGAUUUGUUGCGAGAUGGAGAUGCAGAAGAUUUAGCUGAUGAGUAUAAUUAUGACUAUGAUGAUUAUGUUGAUGAAUCAAUGUGGGGAGAUGAAGAGUGGACUGAAGAGAAGCAUGAAAAAUUGGAAGAUUAUGUGAACGUAGAUUCACAUAUCCUCUGCACUCCCGUGAUUGCUGAUAUUGACAAUGAUGGGGUACAAGAGAUGAUUGUUGCUGUCUCCUAUUUCUUUGAUCGCGAGUACUAUGAUAAUCCAGACCAUAUGGCCGAUUUGGGUGGUAUUGAUAUUGGCAAAUAUAUAGCAAGCAGUAUUGUAGUAUUCAACCUUGAUACAAAACAAGUGAAAUGGACUGCUGACCUUGAUUUGAGUACUGAUACUGGGAAUUUUCGUGCAUAUAUAUACACAACUCCAACUGUUAUUGAUUUGGAUGGUGAUGGAAACCUGGACAUUCUUGUUGGUACCUCCUAUGGUCUGUUUUACAUAUUGGAUCAUCACGGUAAGGUGAGAAACAAAUUCCCACUGGAGAUGGCGGAGAUUCAGGCACCAGUGGUUGCAGCAGAUAUAAAUGAUGAUGGCAAAAUUGAAAUAGUGACUUCCGAUGUGCAUGGCAAUGUUGCUGCAUGGACUGCACAAGGAGAUGAAAUUUGGGAAGUGCAUCUUAAGAGUCUCAUUCCUCAGGGUCCUACUAUUGGUGAUGUUGAUGGUGAUGGGCAUACUGAUGUGGUGAUACCAACAAUAUCUGGUAACAUAUAUGUCCUCAGUGGGAGAGACGGUUCAUUUGUACCUCACUUCCCUUAUCGAACGCAUGGAAGAGUUAUGUCCCGAGUUCUUCUAGUUGACCUAACCAAGCGUGGUGAAAAUAAGAAGGGGUUAACUCUAGUUACCACUUCUUUUGAUGGCUAUCUUUACUUGAUAGAUGGAUCCUCUGCAUGCACUGAUGUUGUGGACAUUGGGGAGACUGUGUAUAGCAUGGUCUUAGCAGAUAAUGUCGAUGGUGGAGAUGAUCUGGACCUUAUUGUUUCUACAAUGAAUGGCAAUGUUCUUUGCUUUUCGACCGCAUCACCGCACCACCCUCUAAAGGAAUGGAGAUCAUCUAACCAAGGAAGAAACAAUCCAGGAAUCCGCUAUGACCGCGAAGGAAUUUAUGUUUCGCAUGCAUCAAGAACUUUUCGUGAUGAAGAGGGAAAACAUUUUUGGGUCGAGUUUGAGAUAAUAGAUAAAUACAGGGUUCCAUCCGGGUUUCAAGGACCUUAUAAUGUCACAAUAAACUUGUUAGUCCCUGGAAACUAUCAAGGUGAGAGAAGAAUUGUUCUUAAGCAAGUUUAUAAUCAACCUGGAAAGCAGCGGAUGAAGCUACCGACGGUGCCGGUUCGAACGACGGGGACGGUGGUGGUAGAGAUGAUUGACAAAAAUGGGAUUUAUUUUUCAGAUGAGUUCUCUCUCACAUUCCAUAUGCAUUACUACAAACUGCUCAAGUGGCUUUUGCUCCUUCCUUUGCUUGGAAUGUUUGGUGUCCUGGUGAUUCUCCGGCCCCAGGAAGGUGCACCAUUGCCAUCUUAUUCACGGAAUAGAGACUGAAGCUCAUUUUUUUGCAAAUCUCGGUUAAAGAUAAGCAAUACAAAGUUUUUUUUUUUUUUUAUUGUGUGAAAGAACAUCUUAUCCAUAUUACUCUUUUGCUGGCAAUUUUAUUUGUUGUAAUUGAGCUAUACAUUAACUUAUCAAUGUAUGAGUAAAACCUGCGGCUACCAUUACUGAGAGUGCCUCAAUUGACUACAAUGAUGAUGAAAUCUGUGAUCAAAAUAGCUAGAAAAAGUUCUAAUUCAUGUUA